GUGAGUGAGCUACGGAUCGAGCGGAUCCGACAAGUGCAGGACAAGGAGUCGUGGAUCAUGGGCUUGAAGAAGUAUUUGGUCGGGGAGAUCCGGGAUCUGACACAAGAAGAGGCUAAGAUGUUUGGAUCUAUUGCUAUGAAUUAUGAAGCGGAUCAGUUGGAUCUACUCUUCUAUUGCCCGACAACUAAGGAAACUGCCGCAGAUCGAGAUAAGAUGAUGCGACUGAUGAUACCUGAGACGCUUCAACAGGACAUUUUGCAUCACUAUCACACGAGUCUAUAG